AUAACAGAGACUGACUAGCUGCUGCAUCCAAUGGAGCCUGGGAUGACAAACAUGGCCUCGACUCUAGAAUAUCCUCUUUCCUAGGGUAUGGAGAGCAAAUCCCAACAACCGGCUUACGAAUCUAUCGACUGAAUACGAUAUAUCGUUCCAAUCAGCUGAGAGCAUAGAAGCGCGAUCUGGCAGCACAGGACGCUGCUGCUGUUUUUUGUCCCUUGAAGGAAAAUAUAAACAAAUCUUGUGCACAAAAGGUGAAAUAAGUCAAAAAAUGUCAUCGAAUGUGGUAUUGCGAUCCGGCACUCGCGUUGCGCGCACAUGUCGUGUCUGCUAUGUCCCCUCCCCGAACAGCUUCUCUCUAUUCAAACCAAACAGGAUAUGUGGCCAAAUCACAACGCUGGCCAGGGUCCUUAGCUACUGCGUUAGCGUGGAUGUGCUCGAGGAGGAGGACUUUAUGCCAGACCACAUAUGCGGCAGCUGCGCAACGAAUCUCGAGCAGGUCAUGGAGUUCAAGCAGAAGGCCCGCAACAUAGAUCAGUUCCUAAGGGAACGUCAUGAAAAGCGCUGUGCCAGCCUGCCAAUAAAUGGGGUGAAACUGAAUGAACAUCACGCAGCAGAGCUCAAUAAUGAUCUGGAAAUAGUCGAGGAAGAACAAGAAGAGAGCAACGUGCUAGUGGGCUGCGACAUUAUUGAGGAAAUGCCUGAAGAUGAUAUGCACAUGGCAAGCCACAUUCCAGAAGAUCUAUACGAGGUUGUCGAAGUGCAGGAGCAGCAGCGGGAGGAGGAGAAGGAAGAGGAAGUAGAGGAGCUGGCUCAGGAGGACACCAGUGAGGAAGAGCAGCAGCCAGCAGCAACCGCUGCCCGAGCCAGAAGACCAAAGCCAAUCUCCGAUCUGCUGCAGUGUAAGAUCUGCAACAAGCAGCUGAGCACAUCCAACUCGUUCAAGUACCACAUGCAACUGCAUGGCGAUGCCAAGCCCUUCGAGUGCACGAUUUGCGGGGAGUCAUUCAAGACACGCAACGCCUUUGAUGGGCACAUAACGACUCACGAUCCAAAUAAUCCCAAUACGUGUAACAUAUGCGGUAAGUUCUAUCGGCAGGCCUCGUCGCUGCGCACCCACAUGCUCGCCCACAAAGGGGUCAAGCCAUACCAGUGCACCCUAUGCGGCAAGCGGCUCACCCAGAAGUCCGGCUACAAGAAGCACAUGCUGACCCACACCGGCGAGAAGCCGCACACCUGCGACAUCUGCCAUCGCUCCUUCCGCUACUCGAGCAACCUUAUUGCCCACAAGCGAUGCCACAGCCAGGAGAAGCCCCACGAGUGCCAGGUCUGUCACAAGCGCAGCUUUGCCAACAGCUCCGAUCUGACACGCCACAUGCUGGUCCAUUCCAACGAGCGUCCCUUCAAGUGUCUCGAUUGUGGCAAAACCUUCAAGCGACAGAUAUCCCUCAAUGUCCACAUGAAGUCGAAGAAAACAGCGGCCAUGGAGGAGUCGUCUCUGGAGUACGACGAGGAGAACUAAAGGCGUUUAUUCAUGUUAAUUUGUUAAUUAUUUUUACGUUACGUUACACGAGAUAAUGAUUAAGUUUUUUUGGCCGGAACCAUCUUUAAAAUCUGCGAUAAGCCCCUAAAAUGCUUUGUAUAAAUUCAAAAACCCAAGAACGUUCCCACCUUCUUCGCGACCUUCUGGAUCAAUUCCUUUGUGGUCACUCCAGCUGCCUUGAUGCGUACCACCAAGGACCAGGUGUUAACUGGUCGCACCACCGAAGAGGACUCCCUCCUUAUCAAAAGCUGUUUAUACUCAGAACUGAACCAUGAUCCCAGCGUUGCCCAAUGACUACCUAAACUUUCUAAAAAACGAUCGGUUAGAGCUGCGCCGUAUCUACCUCUUCAUAUACCCAGUACUCAAAGAGUAUAUGUGUACAUAUAUUAGUUUUGUGGUGGAAGAAGAUGUAUAUAACACCCAGAAGGAAGCUUUCCGACCCCAUAAACUACAUGUUGUCUUGAUCAGCAUCAAUAGCCGGGUCGAUAAAGUCGUGUCUGUCUGUCAGAUGAAAAUUUCUGGGGCAUCCACAAUUUUGAAUCAUAUUCUGAAAAUCUGGAUCAUUGCAGUGGCUACCCAAACCCCUUCCACGAGCUUACUCAUUCCCUCUCUCUCUCUCUCUCCCACGCACUCUUUCUCAUGCCGUGUGCUCUCUCUUGCGGAGGAAAGCUUGAUAUAAUGGGGAGAGAGCGACAUAUAGUGGAAAAAAUGGAGCGAAAUAUUAUAAAAUUGGAAUCAUCUUUUGAUCUUUAGGGGGAAAGUAGAUAAACGAUGUGCAAGAACCAAUAGUAAAGCAUAUCAAGCGGUCGUCGUUCCUCUCUUUCUUUCUUUGUUCUUUUCAUCUCUCAUGACAGGUGCGAUCAAAAUUGAAAAAGGCUUGUAUUACAAUUUGUUGUUAUAUUUUGUUAACAGGUUUUUGUGCUACCCAUAGUGGCAGCUUAACCUCGUUGAAAUUUAUCAUAUUUACAACAUCACCCACUAAGGAACCCUUAGAUCUCUUUCCGUACGAAUUACGAAUUAUACUGUUGCAUAUGUUACCUUUUGCAGUAAUGCCGUAUAUUUGGAGUGCGUAUUUCCUUAUGGCACUUAAGAGAUUCAGAGAUCAGUGCCAAUGACCUCCCAGUGUAGUCGGGGUAGUCCCAGUCGGGGUAUUUGCGGGUUACACUAUUUUGAACUAAGGAAAGAUGAUGCUACAUUAGGAUGAUGUUGGGGGCCUAAUGGAUAUCUUUCAUACUUCAAUUCAGAGCUAUAACUCUCUAGUUUUUCUUCAAUUUUGUUAGUUCUGCAUCGACAUGUGUGUUUUUCUAGGAUACUUUGCAGUUCCCCUGGCUCUUCGGCUGAAAGGAAGGCACCCGAAUCGUUGCGUAUGAAGAAGGCUUUCUCACCAAAAAAAAAAAUUUAUAAGCAGGAAACUUCUUCUGGGAUGUUGGGAUUCUCUUUGGUCAGCGCCUUGACCAAUUCGGCUUAUGUGUAGAUCGGUAGUUUGACAUUCUCCACCUCUAAAAUGAGCACAGGCGCUGCAGUGGUAUCUACCAAUGAAUGCUAUGGUGAGCACUUCCCAGUGGAGGGAGUUUCCGUCCUUGGUAUAUAAAAUUUCAAUUUUUGAAUUUUCUUUUGUUUUUUUUUAGAUAUUUAUUCAAGAUUUAAUAUCUUCGAAAGCGUAAUUUCCUAGAUUAUUAUACCCCACUAGGCCUACGACCCAAUAAUUGUGUCGUGUUAAGUGCAUUCAAAAGUUUUCCUUUGGGUAGCCCUGUGCUAUUUGUUAUGACUAGGUAUGUACUUCUAUAACACUUAGUUCCUUACUCGUGGCCAAGAACUGUAAUUAUUUCGAUAAGAAAAGAAGGAGGCAAUUUGUUUACGAAGAGCCGGUGUCCCACUAGAUAGGUAUAUGAUUUCUGUCCUAGAUACCAGUAAGUACAAGCUAGCACAGAGGUCUUGUAGAGUAUUAGAGUUUGGAUUUUGUUUCUUUAUUUUAGCUAUUUGCCAUUUUUAUAACAAUUUUCAUACGUAAAGAGUUACAGAGGUCAAAUCAACGACUCCGGUUAUCCAUUUCUUGCCCAAUAUAUAGUUAUAUGUGUGUGUGUGUCUAGCCUUAACAAGAGGGAGAGGUAGGAGAGGUCGCUACGGAAGGCAAGACAAGCAUUAAUGGACUUGUACACUCUCGAGGUUAUAUGAAUGGCGCGCGAAUCUCAAUACGGAUGGGGAAUGGGGGAGGACCAGUCCGUGAAUAUGAAUUACUUUUUGGGAUAAGUUACAAAAUAUGAAUGUUGUUGUUUUACUCUUUUGUUGUGUAGUUCGUCGUUCGAUACAUACGGUUAAUGUUAUGUAAUAAAAUAAAUAAAAUAUAAAUGUUACAGAACAAUGUGAGUGCUUGCGUGUAAUACUUGGCAGAAAUAAAAUGAGAAUAGAUAUUGUACGAGUACACAUAAGUAAUUAUAAACAUGUAUCCAUACAAAUAUAUACAUAUACGAUAUAUCAUCACAAAAAGUAUCGUUACAAAAAAAAAA